AUACUGCCAGGUCUCUGACCUCCUCUCUGGGGAUAGUGGUGUGUAUAUAUAGGGUUAGAUGGCGGUGCAAUUUCAUUCCCCCCCUUUCCAAUCUGUGAAAGGCAGCAAUACGCAACAACGCGUCUAGUCUGCCGGAAAACCACAAGAAGAAGGUGGAUUUGCGUCGAAGCUGCGCAAUAAGUAGCAGCUUGAACACUUCUGUUUUGCACGCAUCUAUCAUUGGUGGCAUCCGAGACCCUAAAAGGACAUGCUAGCAAUUGCUAAUGUUAUUGGAUAGAAAUAGCUAUUUUGCUGGAGGAAAGAAACCAUGGGGUAUUGACUAAAUCGAUUGCAUAAUAUUCAAUGUAACGGUAAACUAGAAUUAGCUUAACAUUUACAUUAAAAGUCUGUUAAAACGACCUGCUGAGGCCUUGUUAGCUUCGAGUCUAGUCAUUUCUCGGCCUGUUUGGAACAUUACCCUGCAGCCAGUGACUUGACUUGAGCCUCGCUAGCUAGCUAGCCUUUGCCAAGCCAGUUGUUUUCCAAUUCAAUUUGAAAGCUAGCUAUAAAGUUGGUAAACACUUUUAAAUGGUUGUCCACAAUUUAAUUGUUGUUCUUCUCAUGCAAUACGCCUCAUAUACUUGUCCGGCCAAACAAUUGUAGCUAGUUAUCGUGAGCUUGGAAAGUGUAGGUCGGUGGGUGCAGCUUUAGCUAGUUAGCCAUAUCAGUAUUUACCCGCUACUUAUGCCAACAAGCUGCUGCAGAAAUAUCAACAAUGUCUUUGGUAGCGUAUGCUAGCAGUGAUGACAGUGAUUCAGACGAAACGUCUAGUUCCAUCGUCUCGGGGAGCAACCCUGGGGGGCUUUUCGCACGCCUUCCUGCCCCAAAAAGAUCUGCCUCAGAGGCACUAGGAAACGUGCGACCAAGCAAAGGGACAACACACGUAUCAUCCCGGAACACUGUGUCAAUCGAUGGCGACGACGACUCAGUUACCCGUUCUCAAACAUCCAAGGGAGGGUUGCUUUUCGACAUACCUAAGCCGAAGAAGCGAACAGAGCCUGUCAAAAUCACUAUACCUGAGAUAAAGAGAGGGGAUUCUGACUCUGAUGAAGAUGAACCAAGGAGAAAGAAAUCCCUGCCCCAGGGCCCUGGCACUGGCCUUUCCUCCCUCCUGCCUCAGCCCAAACACAUGGUUGUGAAGGAGAUGCAGAGGGCUCUAGUGCCUCACACCCUCACCAAGCGCCCGGAGUCAAAGAAACCCACAAAGCCCUCCUUAGGGUCCUCCCAGGGCCACCCCAGCGCUAGCGCAUCCCCCUCUGCCAUCAAAGCAGCAGCCAAGUCAGCUGCCCUGCAGCUAGCGAGGCAGAUAGCUGCUGAGGAAAGUGACGAGGAACUGGCCCCAGAUAACUACUUCUCCCUGGGAGAGAGCUCCAAGCCUCUCCCCACUGUGAUCCCCAGCCUGAACCCAGAGCCUGUCCCCACCUCAGGCCUGCUACCCGCUCCUCCAAGCAUACAGCGUGGUACCUUCCAGUCAGAUUCCCCUCUGGACUUUGGCGUGAACCAAGACGGAGCUUGGGGAGGUCAACAGCUAGGGGUGUACCAACAGCCCUUGGCAGAGCCUCAGGGUUACUACAACGAGGCUUACUACCAGGAUCCUGAGUCUGACCCAGCAUUGCCUGAGCCAGAGCAACCUAGCUCCUCCGCCCUGUUUGAUGAUGAAGCGUUCAUGAGGCUGCAGGGGAAGAGGAACAGGGGCAAGGAGGAGGUGAAGUUUCUGGAGAUCAAGGGAGAUGACCAGCUGAGCGGCAACCAGCAGUGGAUGACCAAGAGCAUGACUGAGGAGAAGCAGGAGCGCAAGUCCUUCAGCAAGAAAAAGGGAGACCAACCCACAGGGCAACAGCGACGCAAGCACCAAAUCACAUACCUCAUCCACCAGGCAAAGGAGCGAGAGCUGGAGCUGAAGAACAACUGGGCCGACAACAAGCUGACUCGCCGGCAAACACAGGCAAAAUACGGCUUCUAAGGCUUGGUGGCAUGCAUAGCCCUCCCCCUGAAGAUUAGAGUAGUACAGUCCACAAGAUUGUCUCAACAACGUGGGGCAUACUAUACCCUUGCAGUUGGGGAGGGGUUACACACCUCAUAGACCAUCCUUGGAGAUGCUAGCACUGACUUUCCUUUUUGUCCCCCCCGCCCUAUUUGUUGUCCUCCCUGGAUUUGUGAUACUUAAAACAUUGCUGAUUUAAACCAUCGUUUUGGUGGACUAUUUUGUAUUAUGUUGGUUCUUGGCUGCAUAGGAAAUCAAACUAAUGAGAUUGCUGCUCACAUGGUUGACAGACACAUAAUAUGGUUUCCUGGGAAAUACUGUUUUAAUGCAAUUUCAUGUGGCGGGUAUAUUUCUCCAGAUUACACAUUGGAACCACCAAUGAUCAAUAGUCUGAGAAUAAGAGGAACGUUUCCCUUGUGGUGUCCAUAUAUUUCCAAUGGUGGGACAGUGACCUGUUCUUGAAUCCUGGCAAUCCAAACCCAAGCUUUCCCUGGGGUUUUAGAUGUUAGAAAACACAUUUGCUGCCCUUGGUGGAAUUGCCCUGUGGUGGCGACGCUUCAACCCGACCAGUUUGGAAUAUCUCUCUUUAUUGGAUUUUGGGGGAGAGUUAGUAUCUUUUUAAAGGAGCCAGAAACUCCUACUAUCAUCUGUGAAUAAACAUGAUCAUAUACAGUGA